AAAGCCGCAAUGUCACCUUCGUCCUCUCAACCGAACGACACCUGGAAUCUCUAUUGGUAAUCAAGUAACAAGUAUGAUUAGUUACGAGAAGUAUCUAUCUACUGCCAUUCCUCACUUACGUAACAAUGGCUACCCUUAGAAUCACGUAUGACCAGCUUUGAUACCAUAAACGCAGGAUCCGCACUUGGUCCUACGAGAUGUCACUUUCCACUGAUAUCUCGCCCGUUAUGCGUAUAGAGAGCUUAUGGGAUGUGUGCGUCGGCUUCGGACUAUAUAAGAAUACCGAUGUGAUGGUAAUGUAUGACGCUCGUUGCCUCUUACAUGCCAUAACCUCAAGCGACACGGACGAAGCAAAACUAUAUGUACCCCUCAGUACCACAUCAAAUAUGUUCAGAGGUAUCUUACGUAGUAAUUCACACAUACCUGAUUCCAAGAUAUUCAUACCUUAGUUGGAAGACAGACAUUAUUACGAACGAAUUUGUUCGACAAGAUGAGUAGCAUUACUAAAGUCGCAAUCGCAGGGGCUACCGGUAACGUAGGCCCAAUAGUACUGAAACAGCUCCUCGCAGACGGUUUUGAAGUCACCGUACUUGCCCGUAAAGGAGCCACGAAAGAUUUCCCGCCCUCGGUGACUGUUGCUGAAAUCGACUAUGAGUCUCCCGAGUCACUUGAGAAGGCGCUUAAUGGCCAAGAUGCGGUUGUGUCAGCCGUUGGCUUCACUGGAUUGCCCUCCCAAAUCCCUCUAGUUCAAGCCGCGGUUAAAGUUGGCGUCAAGCGCUUUAUCCCCUCGGAAUAUGGUGGAGAUGCGACGAAUGAGAAGGCUUCUAGCUUACCUCCAUUCCACGCGAAGAAUGCUGUCACCGAAGUCCUGAAGAAGGAGGCAGCGGCUGGUUCUAUAACAUACACGUUAAUAUCCACCGGGCCUUUCUUGGAUAUGGGGCUCCAGUACGGCUUUCUCAUCGACCCCAAGGGCAAGAACGUUACACUUUGGAACGGCGGCGACAAGACUUUCAGCAUCACUACUAGGGAAUCCACCGCCAAGGCCAUAUCGGGGGUCCUUAAGCACCCUGAAGAGACCAAGAACCGCAAUGUUUAUGUGCACAAUGUACAAAUUUCCCUGAAGCAGCUCCUCGAGCAAGCCAAGAAAGCGGUUGGAUCAGACGGAUGGAAGUCAGAAGUCAAGUCUACCGAUGAGCACCUCAAGCAAGCCUACGCAGAGCUCGAGAAGGGCAAUAUCGAUAGAAUGGCGUUUAUAGCUGCGGCGAUAUGGGGAGAAGGAUACGGUAGCCACUUCGAGAAGGUAGAUAACGAUUUGCUCGGCGUGAAAGAAUUCAGCGACGCAGAGAUCCAGGACUUCAUAAGAGCCUAUGCGAAUUAGGGUCAUAUAUAGUUUACCUACCUAGAUACAUAUACCGAAUUUUCAUUCCCAAA